AUGACUUCGUGCGGCAUUGUUGAAAUGGCUAGUACUAUGAGGAACAUCCAUGGUAAGAGAUCUAAUUUCCAAUCUGAGUUUACUGGAAACGGAGGAAGUAAGAGAAGAAAUGUUCAUGAUGAAACAGAUCCUAAUGUCAUCGGGUCAGAAGACACCGUGUUUCGUUACUUGUGCCCCGUGAGAAAGACAGGGAGCAUUAUCGGGAAAGGCGGUGAGAUCGCAAAGCAGAUAAGGUCCGACACGAAAUCAAACAUGAGGAUCAACGAGGCUCUGCCCGGUUGCGACGAGCGUGUUGUUACCAUAUAUUCUACUAGCGAUGAGUUAAACCAUUUCGGUGACGAUGGAGAGCUUGUUUGUCCUGCUUUGGACGCUCUUUUCAAGGUUCACGACAUGAUUGUGAAAGACACUGACGCUGCUGCUGCUGAUGAUGAUGAUCGUGAUGAUGAUGAUGAUGAUGACGAUGAUGUUCUUAGUGAGAAACAAACGGUUACUGUAAGGAUGCUUGUGCCGUCAGACCAAAUUGGUUGUGUAAUUGGGAAAGGCGGGCAAGUGAUCCAGAAUCUGCGUAAUGAAACCAAUGCUCAGAUUCGUGUCAUCAAAGAUAAUCUACCAGCUUGUGCUUUGACUUUGAGUCAUGAUGAGCUUCUUCAGAUAAUUGGAGAACCUCUGGUUGUUAGAGAGGCUCUUUAUCAAGUUGCUUCACUGCUUCAUGAUAAUCCCUCACGGUUUCAGCACUCACUCCUGACAUCUUCAAGUUCCGUGCAUCAACCUGUGGGAAUGUUGAUGUCUGCAGCACCAACGAGCUCUCACAGGAACUACGCCGUGCAUAGAGAUGUAGCAGAUGCGAGGGAGUUUUGUGUUUGCUUCAUCUGUCCUGCUGAAAACGUUGGAGGUGUUAUAGGAAAAGGUGGUGGUUUCAUUAAUCAGAUCAGGCAAGAAACUGGUGCAACGAUUAGAGUCAAUACCUCAGAAACUGAUGAAGAGGAUUCCAUCAUUUUCAUCUCAUCAAAAGAGUUCUACGAAGAUCAGUCUCCAGCGGUGAAUGCAGCGAUACGUUUGCAGGUUCGAUGCAGUGAGAAAGUUGGUAAAGAUUCAAAUGAUUCAGCAAUAUCAACUCGUCUGCUUGUGCCUAGUUCCCAAAUCGGGUGUGUCAUUGGCAAAGGUGGAGCUGUUAUAUCCGAGAUGAGGAGUGUAACACGAGCAAAUAUCCGUAUUCUCCAAAAAGAAAAUGUACCAAAAAUUGCGCGUGAAGAUGAAGAAAUGGUUCAGAUUACAGGAAAUCCUGAUGCCGCCAUGAAAGCUCUUACGCAAGUAGUUUUGCGGCUGAGAGCUAACUCUUUCAACAUGGAUCAUGGACUUGUCUUGCUGCCAACGUCUUUUCCUUAUUUCUCUCAACUGACCGAAAGCUCGAGCAAAGCCAAAUAUGCAAAACGCGAUGGUUCUAAAGAUCACGACUAUAGCAAACUGAAUUCGAAUUCCAAGAGAAGAAACCGUGUUUCUUAAAUCGAGAAAAGACCCGUCUUAGAAAAGUAAUGCUUUAUGGUUUUCUUUUUUAUUCAAGACUAAAGAAGAUCGAGAGAGUGUUCAUCAGUUUCAGAAAAAAUAUGUCGCAAAUUUUUUUUACAGAAAGGUGUUUAUUUGUAGAAAGAAAUAUGUUGUUUAAUUAUGCAGUUCGCAUAAGAAAUGUAAACACGAGGGGUGUGUCGUCUUUCAUCUUUAAUUUCUACUUUGGACUUAUACUGUUUGAAUUUUCUUGAGUGCUUUUGUGGUAAACCAACCUCUCACUAUUUUGCAGCAUUACAUAAAAAUACCUAUAUUUCUC